AUGUCUCAGGAUUCAUUGGCACACGGUGAACACGAUAACAAUAAAAAUAAUAAUAAUAAUAAUAAUGAUAACAAUAAUACUAACAAAAUUGAACGACCUUCAUCAACAACAGCAACAACAUCAAAAAUGAGUAGUAAAAUGUCAACAAUAAAAUCCACAGCCAAUGGUAAUGGUCUUCGAUCACUUGCUCUUGAUGAACAUAUUAAAUUAGUAAAACAAAAAAAAGAAGAAGCUGAAGUAUUACGUUUACAAAGAUUUCAAGAACAGCUGCGGAAAAAAGAACAAAAGUGGCAACAGCAACAAUUAGAACGAGUCAAAAAAUGGUUACAAUUACGUAAUCGUGAUACAGAUCAUCGAUCACAAGUUGAAGAAAGACGAAGAAAACGUGAUGAAGAAGCUAAAGCAAAAUUAGAUGAAUUAUUACGUCGUGAAAAAGAACGGGAACAAAGAGUUACUAAUAAUCUAAAAACAAAUGUACCACAUAAACCUGAAUCUAUAAUGAGUAUGUCUACAGAUAUACUUUCGACUCGGCGAGCUAUUUCAGCAACACGUUUACGUCCAAAUCAACGAGGAUUACAUGAAUCUUCGGAUGAAAAUUCAAACAUUGUCAUCAGUUCCCAUCAACUUAAUCCGAUUGACGAGCUACAAAAUCAUCAAUCAAGUGACGAGAGUUCAGGUACACCGCUUUCAUCGGCACGUAGUCAAAAACGACCGCUGCCAACAUCUUACGCUUAUUGGUUAACUACCGGUGAUAAGAAUAAUAACCAUAAUAGUGCAAAUUUCAUGCGUUCGACAUUUACAGCAACGUGUCAUUCACGUAUUAGUCGUAGUGUUGAACGAUGUUCUCGGGAUUGUCGAGGUAUUCUACCCUUUCCUGAAUUCUGGUUUUCAGCUUGA